AAUGCCUGCUGGUUGGUAUGCAUUCUUCAGGUGUUUGUCAGGUUCGGCCUCAUUCACAGCUGAUUGAGUUAGCUGCUUCCGUCCAUUGCAGGUUCUGCAGCAACACUAAGUCGCAUUAGGGUUGAAAUGGGUACACUGGAAGUUGAAUGAGAGCCAUCGACCGUGAUGGGACUUGAAGGCGAGUUAAAGAGGAGAUUUCGAUAGGCUGUAGAUGUCUCCAAAUCCACGUAAUUAAUUUGCCUAGGUGGCAUUUUCCAGCUCAGCGAUAUGGGUCUCUUGAUUCAUGAGUUUGAAGACGACAAGCAGCAAUUGUCACUUUGAGAGCCUUGUCAAGAGAUUGCAGGAGAGCGAUGUUGAAGAAUUGUAAGUAAUUUAGCUUCAAUGGCGUGCUCUGUCCUCCAGUUACACUCCGUGCUGUGCAUUCAGCUGCAGAAACCAUCGACGUUGCGAGAGAGUGUUGCUUCCAGGGGAUUCGGUUUACGAUGCAGCGCAGAAUUUGGUCGGAAUUGGCCGGAUUCUGGCAAGCGUUCGAAAUACCGUACUGGUUUGCAGCUCACGAAAAGGAGGGUUGCGAGGUCCAUUGUAGCUCUCCGGAGUUCCGAUGAGGGUAGCGAAAAUGGAGUUCUACAGGUUGCUAAAGACAAGGAAGUGAGCGAUUUAGCUCCCAAAUCCAGCAGCGGUGGCAGUAGUUUCUUGACGAUUCUCUGCCCCUUGCUCAAAUUCCUUGGGGGUGGGGAUCCCUCUGCACCACGAAACACCUUUCUUGAGACAGCAACUACAGGAGUAGCGAGUAUGGCAAGGUUACCAUGGGGUUCGCAGGUUAUUCCAGAGGCUGCAGCAGCACGCACUGCAUCUGGGCAACCCCCUAAGCGCCUACAGCUUUAUGAAUUUGAGGCGUGCCCAUUUUGUCGCCGUGUGAGAGAAGCUCUCACUGAGCUUGACCUGACUGUAGAGGUCUUUCCCUGUCCUAAAGGGUCCCUGAGGCAUAGGGAGUUCGUGCGUGCCACAGGCGGCAAAGAUCAGUUUCCUUUCUUCUUGGAUCCAAAUACUGGAGUUUCUCUUUACGAGAGCUCGGACAUAGUACAGUAUCUCUUCAACGAAUAUGGAGCAGGUGGACAGCCAACACCUGGACUACUAGAAAGCACGCUUGUGACGGGGUGGGUGCCAACGUUAGUCAGAGCUGGUCGAGGAAUGCAACUCUUUCAUCGGGCGUCAGCGCAGCCUCCUGCAAAGAUGCUCGAGCUUUACUCGUACGAAAAUAAUCAGUUUGCACGCCUAGUCCGGGAAGCUCUCUGCGAAUUGGAGCUGCCUUAUAUCCUCCGAAAUGCAGGAAAGGGUUCUUCAGAACGGCCUGCUCUGCUUCAAUUGGCAGGUUCCACUCAAGUACCUUAUUUGGUGGACCCAAACACAGGCAUUAGCAUGCCAGAAUCCAAAGACAUUAUUGCUUAUCUCUUCAAAACUUAUGGAUCGGACAGCUCAGAAUUAGUUUCAGCAUGAUGGUGUUUCAGGCAGGUAAUGGCCUUCUUCAGUAUCUGCGAACAAGAUUUGGUGCGCACUCUUUCGGUGUUUGUAAAGCCCUGCGCAUUCUGAGUUCGUUUGAACUUGGUAGCGCUCGUCAGUCACCCAAGUGGAGAUGUAAGGAGAUGUGAGGCGCCAGGCAUAUGCCUGAGGAGACGUGUAGAGGCUCUGCCCACUCGCGGUGUCAUGGGUUCAUGCGAGCUCAUGGCUUUUGCAUCGAACGCACCACAAGAUACUUGUUUGCUUGGUAUUGUAGUGAGAAAUAUGCAGCUACAUCAGUGGGUAUGAACGCCCAUGAAGACUACUAUAACUUCUAGUUGCAAUCACAUAUCUGAAGACAUCAAUGACGGGGUAACCUGAUACUCAUGGGUUCUAGGUCGCCAGCUUGCUGUCACUGCAGCUCAAUUGUUUGCCCUCAUGGUCUCUCCGGGAUUUCAGAUUCUUUCCAAUUCGAUUUCGUGCGACUUUCCUCGGUUUUCUACUUGGUUGUUCACAUAUAGUCUUGUUCAUGUAAGCGCCUGAGAUAGAAGGUAGUGGACGUGAUGCGUCCUGUUUGGUUUUUUUCUUUCUUCCUUUUUCCGACACAAAUUGUAAGAACUUCUAUUGCAGGAACGAGGAAGUGGACAGAUUUGCAGAUCUCUGGUCACUGCUAAAGAUAGAGAUAGAAAGGACUAAAGUUAGAGCGUUAAUACCAGUUGUGUAGUUGCUUUGAGGUGGAUUAAGUGUUGAUGCAAAGAGAUGCCGCUAGGAAAAAGAAAGAGAUUUUCUCUCACAUAUUCUAAAACUUUUUGCAUAUU